UAUUGUUCAACGUCAGUCCAAUCAAUAUCAAUCACCUAGCACAUAAGAUUCUUCAAUUCUCUCCCCAACUAUUUCAUCCAUAACUCUUAUUUAUUUGAGCUCGGAGUUUCAGAUCUCAGCACUCACACAGAUGGCAGAGCCUACGAUAAUGGAGCUGAAAGUUGUUGACCUGCAGUGUUGUAAGUGUCGCAAGAAAGUGAAGAAACUUCUCUGUAAAUUUCCCGAGAUACGAGACCAAGUUUACGACGAGAAGCAAAACACAGUGACGAUAACAGUGGUGAGCUCCUGUCCUGAAAGACUCAUGCAAAAGAUACGCUGCAAAGGCUGUAAAGCAAUCAAGAGUAUCGAAAUCAAGCCCAAGAAGAAGGAACAAGAAAAGGGCAAGCCUGAGGAUACUCCGGGAAAUCCUAAGGAUACUCCGGGAAAUCCUAAGGAUACUCCGGCGAAGGACAAGAAUCCAACAGAAAAACACUGCGAGCCAUGCUGCAAGCAGACUCCUUCACCACCAUGCUGCAAGCAGACUCCUUCACCACCAUGCUGCAAGCAGACUCCUUCACCACCAUGCUGCAAGCAGACUCCUUCACCACCAUGCUGCAAGCCUACUCCUUCACCACCAUGCUGCAAGCCUACUCCUUCACCACCAUGCAAGCCUCCUCCUUCACCACCAUGCAAGCCACACUGCGAGCCUCCUCCACCAGCACGCUGUUACUCACCUUGCUGCCCGAGUUACCCCAAACCCUGUUACCCACCUUGCUACCUGAUUUGCCCUACACCCUAUUACCCACCUUGCUACCCGAAUUACUGUAGCUACUGUUGCGGACCGUGUCAUUGCGGAAAUCCUUCAUUUUGCCCAGUUAUGUAACUGGAUUAAUGCUUGAUAUAUUCAUUGCUAUGAAUGUCAUGUGCUUGACUAUCGCGAUCGAUAUCGUUUUUACUGAGGUCAUGAAUAAAAUUAAUCUGCAAUUAAGCCAUGAUUAUAUCUGCAUGAAAUUGUUAGUUAACGGUGAUAAAAGUUGACCUAAUGUGCUUCAAAAAGUCAAGAAAGUAGUGCGUUGUGCAAAAUCCCCCGCCAGUCCCUCUUCUGAAAAUGUAAGCCAUUUGAUUUGACUGAUUCUCAUCAACUUUGAUAUAAUAUACAAGUUUAAGAUCAGGUUUACAAUGAGAA